AGCAGAGACUGUCCGGACUGCAGUGUAAAACUAUGUCACUUCAACAACAGCUGGAUGAUGUUCACAAGGAUUCUGCAGAUAAAGAGAAGGCAAAACACACCAGAGACAGACCGUGUGCUGCAGUGGUGAAGGCUCUUGAAGUAGGGCAUGAAAGGUACAGUCUGCUUUUGGAAGAGGAAAACAAGAAGUUGCUUGAUGAAUGCAAUCACUUAAAAGAAAGGCAGUACCAAUAUAAAAAAGAGAAAGUGAAAAGAGAAGCAGUUUUGAGACAACUUCGCCAAGAACUGUGUGAUACCAUGCAAAAACUAUCCAGAUCGGAGACGUUACUAGAAACUACAUCAUGUUGUCACAUUCAUUUAGAAGAUGAGACCCAACAUUCAAUGAGAAAAAUAAGUCAGAUGACAAACCAAUUUCAAGAAGUAGAGGAUCAACUCAAAGAGGAAGGACACCAUGCUGAGAAGAUGCUAGACCAAUGGAAAAAGAUCAAAAUGGCAAAUUCCAAAUUAAAACUUACUGUCAAAGACCAAGCCGAAAAACUCAACCAGUAUGAGAAAGACUUGUCAAGUGAAAGUUUCGUGCAGAAAUCUCUGGAAGAUCAGUUAGCAGAGACUAUAAAAUGUAAAAGGAUGAUGGAAGACCGCAUGCAAAGCCUUGAAAAAGAAAAUUCAAAAAUGAAAGUAAACUUUGGAAAGACACUGGACUGCGUUGAGAAAUAUGUGUCAUCUGCAAGUUCAACUGGAGCAUCAUCUCAAGGAAAAUUAGAGCAUAUUGUUUCAGCAGGAGCUCAGAUGAAAUCCUGUAUUGCAUAUCUGGAAUCUGAAAUCUCUGUAACAGAAACUUCUCGAGAAGAAAUCAAUGAAACCACAUUUCGGAAAUACAAGCAACUCUAUCUAAAAGAAUUGAAAAUUAGAAAAUUGUCAUACAAAAAACUAAGAGAGUAGGUCAAAACACAAAAUCAUAGAAAAUAAAUUAAGUUCAUUAAUUUUCCUCAAUGCAUAAUUUUUUAGGGAGGGAAGCUCAUGAAAUUAUUUGGAAAUAAAAACAGGUCUUAGUGAACUUAAUUUUGAAAUAUUCAUUCAGAGCAGUUUGUUUUUCUCCCUUUUUAUGAUUUUAUAUGAAAUUUUUUCAUAUGAAUUAUUAUGUAGUGAACCUGAUCUCUUAUUCCUUCAGCUAGAUAUUUUUGUAGCUUUAUAAUUUAGACAGUGAUAUUG